UUCGCGACUCUGGAGCUUCGGUGGCGGUGGUGUAAUGGCCACGACGCUCCAUGGAAGCCUACCAUUUCGACUCCCUCUUCCUAUCAAAUCUUCCUUAACUCCUGCCUUGAUUCCCAGGAACUACUUCUCCUCCUUUGCCAUGGCCGCCAAUGCAACGAGUUCUGCCGGCGACGACGCUGAGCGAACUGAAGUCGAAUCCGAUGUCAAGGUGGAGGAUAACAACAACGACAAGAAGAAAAAGAAGAUCUUUGUUGCCGGAUCGACCGGCAGGACUGGGAAGAGGAUCGUGGAGCGGCUGCUCUCGGGAGGGUACGGCGUGCGUGCAGGCGCUCUGGAUUUGGAGAAGGCGAGGAGUGGCCUUCCCCAGGACCCGGACUUGCAGAUUGUCAGGGCGGAUGUGACGGAAGGCUCGGAAAAGCUGGCUGAAGCCAUCGGGGAUGCGGACGCGGUAAUAUGCGCAACUGGGUUUCGUUAUUCGUGGGAUAUCUUCGCCCCUUGGAAGGUGGACAAUUUUGGUACGGUGAACCUAGUGGAGGCAUGCCGGAAAACUGGGGUUAAUAGGUUCAUCCUUGUUAGUUCCAUUUUGGUCAACGGGGCUGCAAUGGGCCAAAUACUUAAUCCAGCUUAUAUAAUACUAAAUGUAUUUGGGCUUACAUUGAUAGCAAAGCUACAAGCGGAGCAAUACAUCCGAAGAUCUGGGAUCAACUAUACAAUCAUAAGGCCUGGUGGCCUGAGAGAUGAACCUGCAACUGGAAGCAUCAUUAUGGAACCAGAGGAUACUCUGUAUGAAGGUUCCAUAUCUAGAGACCAGGUUGCAGAAGUUGCUGUGGGAUCACUCUUCUGCCCCGAUGCUUUCUACAAAGUUGUGGAGAUUGUUUCUCGAUCUGAAGCUCCGAAACGCCCAGUUAGUGAUCUAUUUGCUGCUGUUAGGCAAAGUUGAUGAGUUCUUUAACUUCUUGUACACCAAUAUGGUAUGACCAGUCUAGAUUCAUGUUAAUGUGACAGGCCAUGAGUUGAAAAGUAUCGAUACAGACAUUCUAUUCCAUGAAACAAAAUCUUCGAUUUGUAUCGUUGUCAGCAAUAGCAAGGAUCUCUCUUCAAGAUUAAUUUUUAGAAAGAUGAAUUCGGCUCGAA